AUGGCGCACCUACGCCCCCCGCCGCUCCUCCUCACCAAGCGCCUGACCUCCUUCCUGCAGCUCAACCUCUCCGCGCAAAUAACCACCCUCCUGCUGCUCACCCCCGACGGCAAGCUCCUGGCCUACGCCUCCCAGCCGCCCAUCCCCGUCGUCACCCUGCGCACCCACGGCACCGUCGCGGCGAGCCUAUACACCAUCCACAGCAACGGCGCCGACCAGGAUACCAUAGACGCCGCCCUGCCGCCCGGCAGCAGGGCCAGGAGGGCCAGCCGCGGCGGGGGCAGCAUCACCAGCAAGAGCGACGGGCCCCUGGCCGUGACCAUCCAGCUCGAGAGCGGCACGGUGCUGGUGAUACGGCGCCUGAGGUGCGGCAUGCUCUUCCCGCUGGGCUCGCCCCCGGAGACGGCCAGCAUCCACAGCGCCGCCACGGGCAUGUCCACGACCAGCACCAGCUCGACCGUCUUCGGCGCCGGGACCGCCGGGGUCGCGGCCACGCGGCGGCACGCGGAGGAGCUGGCGCGGUGGCUGGACGACAAGCUGGGCGCGCUGGACGUCCCGGAGGACGGCCUCACGGGGGUGGUGGGGUGA